AUGAAUAAAAAUGGUAUGGAUAAUGGCAUUUUAGAUAAUUCUGAUAAACAAAAAGUAGUUGAAUCAAAUGACUAUUUAAAAUCAAUAUCACAUAAAAGUGAUAAUAAUGGAAAUGCUGAAAAAUGUGUAGAUGAUUUAUUACAAAAUAAUAGCAUUAAAAACAAUUCAGAUAAACAGAUAAAAAUAGAAGAAGUUUUUACUCUUGAAAUUUUAAUAAAGAUAUUAAGUAAAAUUUGUUUAAAAGGUAAUUAUUGCAUAACAAAAGAUGAUAUAAACAUAACAAAUUGUAAAGUUAUGAUAUUUGAAUCAAAGUAUCAUUUAAGAAAUGCAAAGGAUGAAAGUGAUAAUUUUAUAAAUAUAAUAUUUUAUUUUAUAAAUAAGAACUAUUUAUUUUUUAUAAUAUAUUGUUUAAAUAAAAAAAAUGUUGUCUAUUGUAAUUUUUUUAAUCCUUUAUUGUAUGAAAAAGAAACAAUAGAAGUGUUUAAUUUAUUUUUUAUAAACAACUUUUUUCCACAUAUUAUAUUUGGAUUGAAUAGUGGUAAAGUACUUCUAUAUAACCAUGAAGGAAUGAUAUGUAUGCAUAAUAAAUUUAUUGAUAACAAAAUAAAAAACAUUUUUAUUGAAAAUCAAAAAGAUUAUAUAUUAUUUUUGCAUGACAAUAAUAUAAUAGUAAACUCGAACAUUAAUAUAAUAAGACGUGCAAUAGAAAAGAAUUUGAAGAUUUUACCAUUUGAUUAUAUAUUUAGUAUAAAUAAAAAUAUUUGCAUAAAUCAUAUAAUAUUAAGGUGCGAUAAUUCGAAUGAUUUUUUUAAAAAAGAUGUGUACUCGAUGUAUAAUAAAGAUGAUUUAAUGUGUUAUAUAAAUAAUAGCAUUAAUAGUAUUCCUAAUAACAAUAAUAAUAAUAUUAAUUACAUAGUUACAUCAAAAAAUAUAACAUUAUCUAUUUUUAAUAUUGUAAAACAAAAUAACCAAAACGAAUUCAUAAGUAAAAAAGAGAACUUCAGUAUAUCUCAAAAAAUAAGUUCUAAAAUAAAUAAUAUCAUAAAAAAUAUAUUUACAAAAAGAAGUGAAAGUAACGAUAUGAGUGCAUUAAACAAUAAUAGCAGUACAAUAGACAUACUUAACUCAAAUGUUGUUCACUGUUUUAAUGAUCCUAAAAGAAAUAUAUUAGAUAUUUGCAUAUGCCCCUGGAAUCCUUAUUUAAUAUUAGCUUUAGAUAAUCUUGGAAGAAUAUCUUUAUAUAAUAUAUCGACAUUAAAUAUUUUAUAUAUUUGGAAAAGUUACAGAUUAGCUUUUAUGUCAUUUGUAGAAAAAAUAAAUUCUCCAAACGAUCAGAAGCCUUUUCAUGAUUUAGAUUCUAAUUAUUUUGAUAAAGGAAUACUAUUUUAUUUAAAAUCAAGAAAUUUAAUUGAAAUAUGGGAUUUUAAAACAUUGAAUAAAGUAUAUAGUAUAAGGACAUAUGAAGACCCCACGCUUUUAAAAAUUUUUUUUGAUGAUAACAAUUCACCAAACAAAAUUCUCCUUUUUAAUUCAAAUCAUCAUGUAUUUUUAAUGAAUACAAAAUUUGAAUUAUUUCAUUUAAAAUGGAUAUAG